GCAGAGAGCUCGGUUAUGCAAUGUUCCACACGUGGGUAGUAAUGGGAGCAUUGUUAUUGACAAGCUGAAAACAGCCGCCGCUCCUACAGCACAUUACAGAUCACCUCUAUGACUGUUAACCACAUCCUGCAGCGCUUCAAGCCAGGACAUUAGGCUGAGAUUAGAUUUUGCAAAAGAUAAUAUUAUAAAGCUGAGUGUACUAUUAAGGCAGUGACUGCUGGACGCUCCCACCUGAGGAAGUGAAUAAGCAUGUGUCGUAUUAGGUGAUAUUGGCUCCGUGUAUCUCAGGAGUCAACGCAAACAAAUGCUAGGCGGUGGCCAUGUUUAAGUGUUUAAUUGUGAGCAAUCCAAAGCCGCAAAGUGCACGUAUCGCCAUCCACCAGUUGUCUGAAAGCACUGAUACCAAGUCACCUGUUACAGUAAUGGUCAGUGGACACACCUGAUCAGGAGCUAAUCCGUAAAUGGAGUCACCUUUUUUUAAAUGUGCACAAAGUUACAAUCACCAUUGGUGUUUGUCGUGUUGUGAAGUUUGUCGUUCGUCUUCGUUUUUAUGUAAUUCAUUCAUGUUGGUAGAGGUAUAUCAUCAACGUGAGGUUUGAAUUCAUGUUCUCUGGUUCCACAGGUUGGGCAUUUUUUCAUGAGUAGUUGGAUUUAAAGGACAACAUGGGUGGAAGCCAACGUUCGCCACACCUCCAGAUUACGGCCAAAAGCUGAUCUCAGUGCAGCCAAUACCAAACCCACUGUGGGAGAGCGGUUGGUCAAAGUGACCUGUUGAUCAUAUUCCUGAAAUAGUCACUAGACAGAGAACAGAAUGGACUGAGUGUGAGACUCACACGCUUAAGAAUUUACUUCACAUCGUGCAACCUUUAAAGAGGAAAGAAGUGAGCCAAAGCUGAGCCGAUGGAUUGGAAGUUUCUCGAGGGCCUCCUGAGCGGAGUCAACAAAUACUCCACUGCCUUCGGCCGCAUCUGGCUGGCGGUGGUCUUCGUCUUCCGCGUGCUGAUCUUCGUGGUGGCGGCGGAGCGCGUGUGGAGCGACGACCAGGGACACUUCGACUGCAACACCCGCCAGCCCGGCUGCACCAACAACUGCUACGACCACUACUUCCCCAUUUCCCACAUCCGCCUGUGGGCCCUGCAGCUCAUCUUCAUCACCUGCCCGUCCUUCAUGGUGGUGCUGCACGUGGCCUACCGAGGCGAGCGCGAGCGCAAGUACAAGGCCAAGCACGGCGACGACACGUGUCUGUACGACAACCCGGGCCAGAAGCACGGCGGCCUGUGGUGGACCUACCUCAUCAGCCUCUUCCUGAAGACCGUCUUCGAGCUCACGUUCCUCUACCUGCUCCACUACGUCUAUAACAGCUUCAAGCUGCCCAGGAAGGUGCAGUGCGACGUCGCGCCCUGUCCGAACCUGGUCGACUGCUACGUCGCGCGGCCCACGGAGAAGACGGUCUUCACCUACUUCAUGGUGGGGACGUCUGUGGUGUGCGUGGUGAUCAACAUCUGUGAGAUUCUGUAUCUGAUCGCGUCUCGGAUAGUGAACCUCAAACGCCGAGGCAGCAGCUACACUUCAUCCAGAAAGAUCCACAAAGACGAGUGCAAAGACGUUACGAAGCAGACUUAUCACGCCACUUGUUGAUCACCUUUAGGGUUUCUUUAUAGGAAGAUGUAAAAUAAAUCUUUCCUUAGGGGGGAUUAAAUCAUCAGGUACAUUUGGUUUCAAUGUGAUGUUUAAAUGCUUUUGAAUAUAAAAAUUACAUGUACUUUAAUGACACAGUUCCUCCACCUGGUGGCAUCGCAGGCGUGUGCAAUAUAAUGUGAAGGCAACAGAACCUUCAGAACGUAGUUGGUAAACAAACAGGAAAGCUGAGAGGUGGGGGAUUAACUGUGUGAAUUAUUUUGACAUUAAAUCUUUAAGAGGCUGCUUUACUUAACUUAACUUCUGAAUCUACUUAAAUAUAAUGAAGUAUAACUAUGUUUCAAAUGUUUAUUUUGUAAAUUUAUAAUAGAGGACCACCAGUACAUUGGAAAUAAAAUGCUUUCUCAGUCUUUCGUUGAAGAGUAUGUAUGUAGCAGUAAAUGAACGACAACGCAGACAGGUGAAUAACAAUUAUGAUUUCAAAAUAAAAGCAUCAAAACCAACUCCUUGUAAAAAUAAAUGGGCUGUGUAUAAAACCAGUUGAGACCUACUGUAUUAUUGUCUAAAUUAUACAAUAAUUAUUAACCCUU